UUAAAGACUUGACUUUUGAGCUUUAGUUGAAGUUUGCAAGUGUUUGUUGUUAGAGCUCGUGCAUCUGCAAGGUCACUUCAACUUUGUGUCUUUUUUUUAUUUUCAUUCAAAAUAAGGUUCUUUUCCCCCUUUCUUGUUCAAAUCUGGUAUGAAUUUAUUGGGUUGUGUGUGUUUUGGAUAUUUUAUAAUUGUGAUGUUCGGGUCAGCUUGUGCGCUUGCUACCUCAUACCAGCAUAUGUAUCGGUUCUAGGUUUGCUGCCAAACAUAAAUAUCAUGGGUGACGGUCCUCGAGGAAUAGAGGUGUUUGAAGAUCAUUUUCAAGCUUCAACUUCUGGUGAAGACUCCAUGCAGACCCCAGCUUCAUCUAAAUAUAUAGGAAGUAAUGAUUCUUUAAGAUCCAUUAGUAGAUCGUGGACUAGAAGAAAAUUGAAAGGUGCUGCUUCGAUGUUGAAGUUGUUUAGCCCCAGCAAGCUACCUUGGAUGUCUGGCACAGAUGGUCAAGAAAAGGUAGUGUUAACUGCUGCAGAAGUAGAAUCUCUUCGGUCAGAAAUCGCUGCUUUGGAAGAAAGAGAAGCUCAUUUCAAAGCUCAAUUAGAACACAUUGAUGAAGUAGUACGGGCUGCACGACUUUCAGGGUACUUGGACAUGAGAAUGAGAUGGGCAACUUUACCUGGAGAACCUCUUCCAGUUGAUGACACUGAUGUUGAUGAUUGGCUUCCUAGAUAUUUUGUCCUUCAGGGAUCGUGUAUCUUCUGGUAUUCGUCAUGCACCGGUAAUUUUUACAGUUUAAGUUUCUACUGGCAUGCCUUUCUGGAUAAUGUCCCACUACUGUGUAGACAUGCUAUUCCAAGAAUUUAAUG